AUGUUAAACCGUAUUUUUAAUUGGAUUCUUUUUUCUUUAACUUUCUUUUUUGUGUAUAAGAAUGAUCUUGCUAUAUGCUCCAUAAAUAAUAAUCAGGGAAAGGACAAUUUCCUGAACAGAACAAUAAACAUUUUGAACUCUGGAAAAAAUAUAGCAAAGAGAUAUGGUCAUAGCCAAUUGAAGCCGGUUCAUAUUUUGAGUGCCAUUGCAAAAAGUGAUUAUGGAUCCAAUUUAUUUAAAGAAAACAGUGUAAAUGCCAGCAACCUAAAGGAGUAUAUAGACACUGCCCUGGAACAAACCAGAGCUGGAGCUCCUCUGGAUGGAAAAAGUAAAAUUAGUUAUUCUGACGAAGUUAAAGAAAUAUUAGCUGAGGCAGAAAUGUUGGCAAAUAAAUAUAAAAGCCAAAAAGUAGAUGUAGAACACUUAUUAAGUGGUCUAAUGAAUGAUGAACUAGUUAAUGAAAUAUUGAAUGAAGUGUACCUUACUGAUGAAGCAGUGAAAGGAAUUAUGAAAAAUAAAUUUGAAAAAACAAAGAAAGAUAAGGAUGGAAAAUCAGGAGGAUUAUAUAUUGAACAAUUUGGAUCUAAUUUAAAUGAGAAGGUGAGAAAUGGAAAAUUACAAGGAAUUUAUGGAAGAGAUGAAGAAAUAAGAGCAAUUAUAGAAUCAUUAUUAAGAUAUAAUAAAAAUAGUCCUGUAUUAGUAGGACAACCAGGUACUGGUAAAACUACCAUUGUAGAAGGAUUAGUAUAUAGAAUUGAAAAGGGUGAUGUUCCAAAAGAAUUACAAGGUUAUACAGUUAUCAGUCUUAACUUUCGAAAAUUUACAUCCGGGACAUCUUAUAGAGGAGAAUUUGAAACAAGAAUGAAAAAUAUAAUUAAAGAAUUAAAAAACAAAAAAAAUAAAAUUAUCUUAUUUGUUGAUGAAAUACAUCUACUUUUAGGAGCAGGAAAAGCAGAAGGAGGAACAGAUGCAGCAAAUUUAUUAAAACCAGUAUUAUCAAAAGGAGAAAUUAAAUUAAUCGGUGCAACCACUAUCGCAGAAUAUAGAAAAUUUAUAGAAAGUUGUUCAGCUUUUGAAAGAAGAUUUGAAAAAAUUUUAGUGGAACCUCCAUCAGUGGAAAAUACUAUAAAAAUAUUAAGAUCGUUAAAGAGUAAAUAUGAAAACUUUUAUGGAAUUCAUAUCACGGACAAAGCAUUGGUUGCAGCCACCAAAGUUUCAGAUAGAUUUAUAAAGGAUCGAUAUUUACCUGAUAAAGCAAUAGAUCUAUUAAAUAAAGCUUGCUCAUUUUUACAAGUACAAUUAUCUGGAAAACCAAGAAUUAUUGAUGUAACUGAGAGAGAAAUUGAAAGAUUAGCAUAUGAAAUUAGUACACUAGAAAUGGACGUAGAUAAAGUUUCUAAACGAAAAUAUAAUAACCUAAUUAAAGAAUUUGAAAAUAAAAAAGAAGCAUUAAAAAAAUAUUAUGAAGAAUAUGUCAUAUCAGGUGAAAGAUUAAAAAGAAAAAAAGAAGCAGAAAAAAAAUUAAAUGAAUUAAAAGAAUUAACACAAAAUUACAUUAAUGCUAAUAAGGAACCCCCUAUCGAAUUGCAAAAUAGUUUAAAAGAGGCUCAAGAAAAACAUAUGGAAGUGUAUAAAGAAACAUUAGCUUAUGUUGAAGCCAAAACACAUAAUGCUAUGAAUGUUGAUGCAGUUUAUCAAGAACAUGUUUCUUACAUCUAUUUGAGAGAUUCUGGUAUGCCUCUAGGUUCUCUAUCAUUUGAAUCAUCCAAAGGUGCAUUAAAAUUGUAUAACAGUCUUUCCAAAUCAAUUAUUGGUAAUGAAGACAUUAUCAAAUCUUUAAGUGAUGCAGUAGUGAAAGCAGCAACAGGGAUGAAAGAUCCUGAGAAACCCAUAGGAACCUUUUUAUUUUUAGGACCUACGGGUGUAGGUAAAACUGAGCUAGCCAAAACAUUAGCUAUUGAAUUAUUUAGCUCUAAAGACAACCUUAUCCGUGUUAACAUGUCAGAAUUUACAGAAGCACAUUCUGUUUCAAAAAUUACUGGUAGUCCACCUGGUUAUGUAGGAUUUAGUGAUUCUGGUCAGUUAACAGAAGCAGUUAGAGAAAAACCACAUUCAGUUGUUCUUUUUGACGAAUUAGAAAAGGCACAUCCAGAUGUUUUCAAAGUUCUUUUGCAAAUAUUAGGAGAUGGUUACAUUAACGAUAACCACAGAAGAAAUAUUGAUUUCUCCAACACAAUCAUCAUUAUGACAUCCAACUUAGGUGCAGAAUUAUUCAAAAAGAAAUUAUUUUUUGAAGCAGAUAAUUCUGAUACACCAGAAUACAAACGUGUUUUUGAAGAUAUCAGAAUUCAACUUAUAAAAAAAUGUAAAAAAGUUUUUAAACCAGAAUUUGUAAACAGAAUUGACAAAAUUGGUGUCUUCGAACCUCUAAGCAAAAAGAACUUACGAGAAAUUGUAAAACUAAGAUUUAAAAAAUUAGAAAAACGUUUAGAAGAAAAAAAUAUACAUAUAUCUGUUUCGCAGAAAGCAGUGGAUUACAUUAUUGACCAAUCCUAUGAUCCAGAAUUAGGAGCUAGACCAACUCUUAUAUUCAUUGAAAGUGUUAUUAUGACAAAGUUCGCCAUUAUGUAUUUGAAGAAGGAGCUAGUUGACGAUAUGGAUGUCCAUGUAGAUUAUAGCAAGUCUACUAAUAAUUUGAUUAUAAAUCUUACAACAGUGUAG